AUGGCGCCCUCGCGCCGUCGUGGCGAGCGCGCCGAGCGCGCGGCCAAGUGGCUGUGCCGCUUCUGCAAGCACAAGACCACUUGCCAUGACUGGUGGAACGUCGCGACGGCGGCGAGCUGCGGGAUGUGCGGGCGGGCCAAAGGCAUCUGCUUCAAGGCCGAGGUCGCCCCGAGCGCGCCGUCCGUGCACGUGCCUCCGCGCGGCGGCACGUCCACUCUCAAUCCUUGGAGCAAGGGGGCCAAGGAGCUUGAGAUGCUUCGCAAGAAGGUCGAGCGCCUGGAAGCUGCCCAGGCCCCUCCGCCAGGGCGCCCGGGUGCUGCGGCGCCUGAGUUCGUGGGUGUCGAGAUGUCCGGGGAGCCCUCGGAUGACCUCGCGCGGCAGCGCCUCCAGGAGCUGGACAAGGAGCUCGUCGCCGUGUCCAAGCAGUGCGGGCCUGCAUGGGUGGCGUGCAAGCAGGAGCUCGAGGAGGGGCGCGAGCGCCUCCGCGUCAAGCUGCUGGAGUCCAAGCCGAUCCACGCCAGAGUGCGCACGGUAACGGCUCGCCUCGAAGCGGCGGAGAGGCAGCUUCUUAAGGACCUCAGGAAGAUCGGGGAGGCUGAGACCGCCAUCCAGCAGCAAGAGCAGAACAUCAAGGACCUCGCGAAGCAGAGGAGUCAGUUGGCCCAGCAAGCAGCUGGCGAACAGGCCUCUCUGCCCAUGGCGGCGGUCGGCCUCGACGCGUCGAAGCUCGGCGAGGUCCUCCAGCGCUGCGGACUUGGAGACCAAGCCAGCACGGUCGCCCAGGCCAUCAUUCAGGACCUGCCCAACAUCGUGUCCAACGCCACGCUGGUCCCCGUGGGCGCGGAGGCGGGCCUGGCUGUUGCGGCCCCGCCCCAGGACACGAUCGAGAGCUUGUCCAACGCCGAGUUGCGCACGCUCAUGGCCACGGUGGUGCCAGCGGCCAGCGUCCCAUUGGAGGGCGAGGAGCUGCGUGAGACGGCCAGGCACAUGUUCCGCGUGGCCAGCGAGGCGACGGCCCAGGCCCAGGCCGCCGCCCCGCCUGUCAUGCACUACUUCCUGGUUGUCGGCUGUGUGGCUGGCAAGUCGGAGGCCGAGCUGGACGUUCCAGGCCUCGCCGCUGCGGCCGGCCCUGGCCGGCAGCCUAUGCAGCCUCGGGCGGCCGAGGCAGUUGCUGACGGCGGACCCUCCGACGCCGUCCUUGGGCUGUCGGCCUCCGCGGCGGCAGGAUUCUGGUCCGGAGGCGGGCCCUUGCCAGCACCUCCUGGCUACCAGAUCAUUCCCAUCGAGAUCAGCGACGAUGAGGACGCGUGCGUCGUGCUUGCCGAUGGGGAAGCGCAUGAGGCACGCAUGGCCCGCCGCGCGAGGCGCCGCGCUGCCUUUGUCAGCCCGCCGAGGUCGCUACCAGCGCCGCGCGAGCCCGCCGGGGGCGCCGCCGAAGCCGCCGCCGGCGCUGCCGCGGCCGCCAGGCCCGCGGCUGUCGGGCGCCCCGCCGCGCCCUGUGCGGGCGCCCCUGGAGACGGCGCCGCGGCCGGUGACCUUCUCGGCGCUGCCGAGGGGCCCCUAAGGUCACCGAGUGCUGGCGCCCUGCCGGGCGCUGGGCCUGGGCCUGGGCGUACUGAGGCGCCCGCCAGGGCAGUCGCAGGGGAAGGGCCAGCGAGUGGUGGUCAUGGCGCUGCUCGCGGAGCUCCGCGCGCGGCGCCGCUGGAGCUGGCGCAGCUCCUCCCCCAGCCGCCGGCGGUGCGAGGCGACUCGCUGACGCUACUCACCAUUAACGGGGACGCGUGGAGCGGCGCUCGGAGGGUGCUCGAGUGGAACGCCGCGGCCAAGCGACAGUUCGACGUCGUCUUCAUCCAGGAGACCAGGUUUCCCGACGACGAGGCAGCCGGGGCGGCUCGGCAGUGGUGCCUUGGCCAAGGCUGCCAUCUGGCCCUGGGUCCGCCGCUUCGGGUCGGGACGGAGCGCCUGGCGGUCAGCGGGGGCGUCGGCUUGUGCUUCGCGGCCCACGUCGGCGCGCGCGCGGGCAUCGACGUUCCCUCGGAGCGGGCGCGCCGCAUCGUGGCGAGGAAGAUCCACCUCUGCAAGGGCUCGGUCUUCCUGUGCCUCUCGGUGUACCUGAUCACGUCGAUCGGGCUGACGGGCGACAACGUCACGCUCCUGGCGGAGGUCGCUGCGCUUGUGGGGCAGCACCACGUCCCAUUCCUCCUGGCAGGGGACUGGAACGUCGACGCGGACGACCUCGCCUCCAGCGGCUGGCUCGACGAGAUCGAUGGCCUCCUCAUCAGCAGUGGCGCCCCGACUUGCGGUGACAACGACUACGACUACUUCGUGGUAUCGAGGUCCCUGCCUUCCUGCGCGUCGGCUGCGCGGGCGUUUGCUGGAAUGCCGGCGGGGUCUCACGACCAGGUCAGCUGCUCCCUCGACCGUGCUUGGAGCAAGCCGAAGGUCUGGGUCGAGGACCCCAGGCGGCCACUCUCGGUGGCCAAGGAGCCGGAGGUGAGCCCCGCGACGGACGCUGGCGAGGCUGCUGGGCCACGGCCUGCCACGGAGCAGGAGACGCAGUGUGAGCUGGCGGAGCUGCAAGCCCCGCUGUCGGACCUCCAGGUGACGUGCGCGGGCUGGUUCGACCUGGCCGAGCGGUCGCUCAUCCGCUCCCGGCAGGUGGAGGCCUCCAAGGCCCAUCUUCAUCGGGGCCGUGGGCGCGGGAUCCGCCCGGUGGAGAGGCCGCUGCUCGACGUCCAAGAGCGCCGGCAACGACGCCACGACUCCUCUGACACAGAGGCUUGGUGGAGCUUCCUGCGAAUCUGGCGGGCGCUCCUCCGUUGGGGCAGGGCCCCGCGCGGCUCGAAGGCCAAGCGGUCCUUCGUGAAGGAGGGCUUGAUGCUGCAGGGUCGCGCCAUCACUCUGCCGCCGGCGGUCUCGGAGCACGUUGCGCUUGUCACCGCCACGCCAGACGCGUGGCUGGCCCUCGCCGAGCGGAACAGCCCGCUCGCGCCGUGGUUCGAAGGCCUCCUGGAGGACGAGCUCGCGCGGCGGCGCAGAGCUGAUGCUGCUGCCCGGGCGCGGCUGUGGCGCGACUUUCGCAGCGCGUCGCUGGCUGGGUCAGGCCGUGUGGCUCGCAAGCUGAUCAAGCCGAAGCCCGUGGAGCCGCGGCCGGUAUCCUUGCCUGGCGGCGCGCCCGGGCUUCCCCAGGUGGGAGCGCUGGCCGUGGAGGCCAUCGUGCUGGAGUGGAUGCCCUUGUGGGACAAACCGUCGAGGGCGAGGGGGGCCCCCGCGGCCAGCUGGCAGGUGCCGCGCACGCUCGGGGCCAUCAGCGUGGACCAGGUGCGGACGGCCUCCCUCUCCUUCGGGCGCAGGAAGGGCCUCGGCUGGGACAACUUCCACCCGCGCUUGCUCAACGAGCUCUCAGACCCCCUGGUCGAGAGCUUCACGGCCAUCUUGAACCAGUUCGAGGACUCGGCCGAGGUGCCCGACCUGUGGACGACGAUGAUGGCAUUUAUCCCAAAGCCGCCUCCCGACGUGGGCAGGCGGCCCAUUUGCCUGAUGGGGCUCUGGCCUCGGGUGUGGUCGAAGAUUCGCCAGGGCCUGGUCCGCGCCUGGGAGCGCUCG